CCGAAGCAGAAGAAUUCCCCAAGGAGAUCAGUGGCGGAAAAGAGAACAUUGCCUUGGAUUGAGAGGUCCUCUGGUUGCCGUUGACAUCGUUGACGUCGUGUCAGAUCAUGUCUGAAGACAAGUUCCAUGACCUGGAGUGCACGAUCUGCUUCAGUGAUUACAACAAUGGCUUCCGAGUGCCCAAGGUGCUGGAGUGCGGACACGUCUUCUGCCUGGAAUGCCUGGCCCGGAUGAACAUGAAAUCUCACGUGGCCGAGGCCAUCCUAUGCCCGAUGUGUCGUGGCAUUUCCCAGGUGCCCUUGGCCGGCUUGCCCAAGCUUAACAACGACCCCGCAAUCCUGUCCGCCUUGCCCAACGACAUGAAGAGGAUAUACAGCGUCCGCUUCAACCGCACCAAAGGCCGCCUCCUCAUGCACAAGCCCAGAUCCCAGAUAAAGAAAAAAGUGUUUGUCAACUCGGUCAGUCAGACCCUAGACGUGAGCAACCCAUCACAGCCCGUCAUCUACAGUCUGCGCAAACGCAUCUGCUGGCCACUGUCCAAGGCCAAAUACUGCCUCGCCACCUUCGUGAUUAUAGUUGUCACCCUUGCCCUCUUCUUCGUCUCCAUCUGGGCUUUUAAUCUUCCCCAGAACAACUCCAGCUCAUGGAAAACUACAAACAGCAACAAAUAAUUCCACUUUGCAGCAUCAUUGCCGUUGCCAUAACCUGGG